CGUGGGCAUGAGGGUACCGUGACAUCCACGGCAAUCUGCUCAUUGCAGCUUGAGCUAUCGCGCAGACGCAGUGUAUUUCUACGAUCAGACCCACAACAAGUUUCUAACAUGUCCUAUUCAUAUACUAAGAGGUCAUAUGUUCCCAAAACUGAAGUGAAAAGUGGCAGUCCCAGCCAAGCCAUUGAGGAGAACAAGAGGAGGUCCACUCUGCUGAAGGACAGCAGCUGGAUCCGGAGGGACGCGGAGGAGGACGAGCCAGUCGACCGGGACCCAAACUUUGGCAGAGUCGUCUUGAACCGAUUCAAAUCCCAGGAAAAUCUUGACAGCAAGCCAUCAGAAAAGGACACCUCUAGCACUGGCAGCUCAAACACCUCAGUGCAGGCUCUCACUAAAAGAUUCAGUGGAAGUCAAGAUCAACUUUCCAAGACCAGCUCAGCUCCUCCUCCUUAUGAAAGGGCAACAGCCUACAGCAAAAGAACGACUACAUCAAUCAAAACGGAUGACCCAAAGAUCUCCAGCGUGUCCAAGACAACAGUGACAGAUGGAACUAAAACAACCAUCACCUCGGAAACCACUGUGGAUGGCAAGACCACAGAGACCAGCGUCACCACAACUUCAAGCCCAACCAGAACUCCUGUUACAAAACGCCCCACCAAGACUGAGACUUUUACUGAACGGGUCUUCUCAGAUGUGAAGUCAACCCCUAAAGUGAAGCCGACCACAUUGCCUCCAAAACCUUUGAAAACAAAUGGAGAGACCACUCCUGAGGUGACAAGCAGCAAAGGAACUACAAGUGUCUCCAGCACUAAAACAAUCACAACUGAGGAGACCAAAGUGACCCCCACCAAGGAGGCUGCAAAAGACAGUGAUACCAGCAAGACUGUUACCACAGUGACCUCCCCAAGUUCUACCAUCACUACUACCACCAGAACCAGCUUUACAACCUACAGUAACAGCAAAGAUGCACCACCUGCAAAAGUCACCUCUGAGUCCAUUAGCAUUGAGCCAAGUUAUAACUACAAAGAGGAAUCACGCACACACAGCAGCUAUUCCAGCAAGCCCAGUGACUCCAGUUAUGAAAUCACCAGUGUGUCCAGUCCAACAGUCUACACAAAGACAUCGUAUAAGGAGAUCAGGCCUGAGGAUGCCCUUGCUGAUACACUCAUUUCCAAACCAAUCAAGACUGUGUACUCAACCCCUGACAGGAGCAUCAUUGGGAAGGACAUGUGCACCUACUGCCGUAAACCCAUGAACAUUGAGCCCAAGAUGAUCCUGGAUGAGCUGCAGAUACACUGCCAUGCCUCCUGCUUCAAGUGUGAAGUAUGCAACAGCUCCCUGGGUCACCUGAAGGCUGGAGACAGCAUGUGGAUCUACCGUCGCACUGUACACUGCGAGAACUGCUUUGGCAUCACCAGAGGUAACCUCAUACCCCCCACCAGUACCCUUCUCUCACAUGCCUGCUGUUCACAGGGGAGUACCUGCAAAAUGGCUGCCCCAUUGACUUCACAGCUUAGAUUGACCUUUGAGCAUGAUUAUGAUUUGGUAAAAUGGUACAAAUACAGGCAGACACAGGGGAGCUCAGAGGUUUGAACAGAACAGUCAAUUAAGUGUUAUUAUAACCAUAAGGUUGCAGUUUUGAAUCUUUGAUGACAUAUUGCUGUUGUCUCAGUUGGAUCAGUGAACAGUUAGCUAUGUAAAUGGAUAUCAUGUAAAAUGUAAGCUGUGCAGAUGUCCCCAGAUAAGGGCAUCUGCAAUUCAUGUAAUGUAAUUUAUAAUGUGAAGUCAGGGCCAGGAUAGGGAAGAACUUCUCAAAACAAUUUCCACACAAUGCCUUGCCAAUCUGUGUAAACUCGUUAAAACUCUUUAAACAAAAUAUGCUUUUACAUUUUUAUCAGAUUUGCAUCGACUGACUAGGUGUACUGGGUCUCUUCAUAAGUCUAACAUCUCCACAAAGAUAGAAACUCACUUCAUUAAGCCACAAAUUGAUCAAACAUAUAACAUCUUCAAGAUAAAAUUGUGGAAUCUAUGAGUGUGGAUGAAGUCGGUAGCAAGAGAACUGUGUCCAAAACUGCACAAAGCUGUAUUUGUUGGUA